CCGUAAAGAAACACUAUUUACAUUUUGAGUAAACAUAAGUGUUUACCUAAGCUUUUAGAACUUUCGCAAUAGGCUGUUCCGUUGUGAAAAUGGAAUUAUGGGUUAUUAUGGUUGGCAAUAAGACGGACUUGGCGAUGUAAAAUAUUUGAAAAUAAAAAGUCUUCACUUUCCCCGUUAGUUGUUUUAUCAGUUAAAUUUUACUUUGGGCUUAGCACAAGUAAAUCGCUUUUGAUAUGGAUAUUUUGGGAGAUUUGGCUAAGAAAAUAGGUCUGAUGUUGUAUGUCGUUGAUUCCAAAGAAAUUUUGUCUGAAGCAUCGAAUUUUGUGAGAGAUUUCAUCAAGAAAUUGGGCUAUUUAUGGUAUUUUAUGAAUCCGAAUGAUCACGCCUUUGAAACUGUUGACAAAGUACCCGAUUACUAUAAAGAGGUAACGCCAGCCUUUAUCUUUGUCAUAAUUUUAGAACAAGUAUUGCAUUUUGUACGAGGAAAGAAAUUAAUGAGGUUGAAUGAUUCAGUCACAAAUAUAUCUCAAGGAAUUCUUAUCGAAAUUUUCAAGAUACCUGUUCGCGGUGCAGAGCUGUUACUAUAUACUUGGAUCUAUAAUAACUGGCGACUACAUGCUCUUCCUUGGGAUUCUCCUUGGACUUGGCUAACUUGCAUGAUUACGACUGACUUUCUCUUUUACUGGAUGCAUCGGGCCACUCAUCAAUGCAGUAUUUUGUGGCAAUUCCAUGAGCCACAUCAUAGCUCGGAAGAUUUUAAUCUGACAACGCCUCUUCGCCUGAGUAUUGUCACAAGCUGUACUAUGUGGCUUACGUACAUACCCAUGGCCUUUUUCAUCCCACCAUCUGUGUUUCUAGUGCACUAUCAACUCAAUGUCAUUUUUCAAUACUGGCUCCAUAGUGAAUAUAUUCCUCGUCUGGGUGUUUUAGAGUACGUUUUUGUAACUCCAAGCCAUCACAGAGUUCAUCAUGGUCGUAAUAGAUGGUGCAUCGAUAAAAACUUUGGAAGUAUCUUUAUUUUAUGGGAUCGACUUUUUGGGACUUUUGAACCUGAACGAAAUACAAAAAUAGUGUAUGGAGUGACAACACCCUUAAGAACAUUCAGUCCUAUACAGAUACAAACAGGUGUUCUUCAGAAUAUAUGGCAUAGAUUUAAAACUGUUGAAGGUUUAUCCAAUAAGUUGUCGGUCAUUUUUAAGGGACCAGGUUGGAAACCAGGAACUUCAUGGCUUGGAAGACUGGAAGAUGUUCCUGAGCCAAGAGAAGAUGAGCCAAAAUAUGACCCACAACUGCCAAUGUGGUUGGAAAUAUACGUUUCUUUUCAUACAGGAGCUUUAGUGAUUGGCUAUUUGCAGCUCAUUCUUAACUUAUCCAUGGUUUCAGCAUGGACAUUAACACUGAGCAGUUUGUUCAUAAUACUGACAACUAUUUCAAUUGGAUGUUUGCUAGAUUUAAGCUCUUCCGCACCGAUAUUGGAGAUCAUCCGAUGCCCACUGUAUUUCAUACUAGAUACGAUCAUUCAGCGAGAAUUUCAAAGAAGUUUCACAAUUCUUUACCUUUCAAUGUAUGGAUUCAGAAGUUUGUUUUUGGCUUCGUUUGUCUUUUGGAUCUUGGCUUGUCCUUUUACAAAGAAACUGCAGAUAUCUAAUGUUAUGCAGAAGAAGUUGGCAAUAAAUUGACAGCUUAUCUCAUUCGGUAUACGAAACAUAUUCUAUCUCAAUUCACAUUACACUUUUUUAAAAUCAAAUAAAUUUUAUAGAUAAGAAACUUAA